ACUUCCGCAUUGGGAAGCUCCGCCCCGCGCUCGCAACAUAAAUCUGCUACUGUCGCCCGGUCUUAGGACUUGACUGCAUUUUGUCAAAAAAGAGCAGCAUGCUGAAGUUUGCAUCACUGUUGCUGGCUCUUGGCUUUUGCCAGGGACGGCAGCACCACAACAUUAACAACGAUGAUGAGGUAGUGCCCGUUUUCCAGGCGUCAAAGUACAGCUCCCUGUGGCCUCUGCCGCAGAAAGUGCAGAUCUCGGAGAUUUCGUUCAAGUUGAGCGGCACCAGCUUCAAAAUUGUUGACGCCAAAGAGUCGUCGGCUGGACCGAGCUGCAGCAUUCUGCAGAGUGCGUACAGGAGGUAUUAUGAGUACAUGUUUGGCAGUGCUAAAAAGCAGUGGGGGGGCAAAAACAGGCGAGCAGAUCCCUCCGAUCUGACCGAGCUGCAUGUUUGGAUCACAUCACCUGACUCUGAAUGUGACGCUUACCCCGGUGUGACUUCUGACGAGUCAUAUGAACUGACAGUGGAUCAGCCAUUUGCUGUCCUGAAGGCCCCAAAGGUCUGGGGAGCUCUGCACGGCCUGGAAACUUUCAGCCAGUUGGUGUAUGAAGAUGAAUAUGGAGCUAAAAAUAUCAAUUCAUCAAAAAUCAGCGACUUUCCCAGGUUUGCACACAGAGGUGUCUUACUGGACAGCUCUCGGCAUUUCCUUCCCAUUAAAGUCAUCUUGGCCAAUUUGGAAACGAUGGCUAUGAACAAAAUUAAUGUCUUCCACUGGCACAUUGUUGACGAUCAGUCCUUCCCUUACUUAAGCCGAACGUUCCCGCAGCUGAGCCAGCAGGGAGCAUACCACCCAUACACCCAUGUGUACACACCUGCCGAUGUGAAGAUGGUAAUCGAGUUUGCUCGAUUAAGAGGCAUUCGUGUCAUCCCGGAGUUUGACACUCCAGGACACACACAGUCUUGGGGUAAAGGCCAGACAGAUCUGCUCACACCGUGUUUCUCUGGCUCCAAACCCUCCGGCACCUUCGGACCGGUGAACCCCAUCCUGAACACCACGUACGACUUCAUGACUCAGUUCUUCAAGGAGGUCAGCACUGUGUUCCCCGACACCUACGUUCACCUGGGAGGUGAUGAGGUGGACUUCACGUGCUGGAAGUCCAACCCAGACAUUCAGAAGUUCAUGGAGCAGCAACAAUUUGGAGAAGACUACAGCAAACUGGAAUCGUUCUACAUCCAGAGACUCUUGGAUAUCGUCAGCGCUACCCAGAAGGGCUACCUGAUCUGGCAGGAGGUCUUUGACAAUGGUGUUAAGCUGAAAGCAGACACACUUAUCCACGUUUGGAAGGGAAACCAGCAACAAUACCAGAAUGAGAUGGCAAACGUUACCGCGUCAGGGUACCAGACCCUGCUGUCCACUCCCUGGUACCUGAACCGUAUCUCCUACGGCCAGGACUGGCAGGGCUUUUACAAAGCCGACCCACAGGAUUUUAAGGGAACUGAUGAGCAGAAGAAGCUGGUGAUUGGUGGAGAGGCCUGUUUGUGGGGCGAGUAUGUGGACGCUACAAACCUUACACCCAGACUUUGGCCUCGUGCCAGUGCCGUGGCAGAGCGGUUAUGGAGCGCCUCAGACGUGACUGACAUCGACGAUGCCUUCAACAGACUGUCGCUGCACCGCUGCCGUAUGGUAGAGCGCGGCAUUCCAGCUGAGCCGUUGUUUUCCAGCUACUGUCCCCAUGAGUACAAAGGUGUCUGAAAAUGAAGGCUGGUCCCAGUAAAUGGGAACUGGAAAGGGAAGGAAAACCAUAUUCCAUUCAGCUAAAAGCUUGUGUCUGAAACCUAAAAAAAAAAAAAUCAAAUGCUGAACUGCCUUUGGAGAUAAUGCUGUCCUAAUGAACUUGCUUCAUGGAACUCAAUCACAUCAAAUGUCAAAGAUUUUACAGUUAAGAUUGUGCUUUUUUUUUCUUUUUUUUAAUGAAUCCCUUGUCAAAGUAAAAAGUUGACAUUUUAGUUUUUUUGGGGGGUGGUGGUGGUGGUGGUUUAUGAAAUAAAAACCA